AGACAGAGUGAGAGAGUGAGAGAGAGACAGAGAGAGAGAGUGAGAGAGAGACAGAGUGAGAGAGUGAGAGAAGAGAGUGAACAGAUGAGAGAUGAGAAGAAGGAUGAAGAAGAACAGAGAGAGAGACAGAGAGAGAGACAGAGAGAGAGACAGAGAAAAAGAGAGAGAGAGAGGACAGUGAGAGAGAGAGAGAUGGUGAGAAGGACAGAGGAGAGACGAGAGACAGAGAGAGACAGAGAGAAGAAACAGGAGAGAGAGAAAGCGUGCGAGAGAGCAGAGUGA